AUGUCAAGUUCAGCUAAGGAUGAAUUUUAUCAAAUUGAAACCCCAAAAGGGACUGUGCAGGCUUUCUAUGAGCUCGAAGUUUUGUUGGAAUAUUUUAUUUAUAAUGUAAAAAUCGGGCGCGCAGUAGCCUAUCGGAUCCGGCCCUUGCUUACCAAAGCAUUGGACCGGGUUCGAGUCCGGCGUACACCAAUGAAUAUUUUCAAUAUUUAA